AUGGAGUCCGUGAGUUUAGCCGCAGCAUCCGCGGCCUCAACAGCCACUCUCUUCAACGGGAAGAAGCAGGUUCUCUUAAGCAGCAGAGGCAAUGCCUGCAAUCCCGCAUUCAUCGCUCGUGUCGAACGUAGAAUGAGCACUCCCGCGCUUAGAACAGCGCCGCGUCGCGUCGCAGGCCAGGUGUCCGCGUCAGCCGAUCGGACGGUCGUCGCGGCCGCCACGUCGCCGGGCGGUCAAGCGCCAAUAAGUGCGCUCGUGUUCGACUGCGACGGGGUGAUUCUCGAGUCGGAGGACCUCCAUCGGCGCGCUUAUAACGCGGCGUUCGCGCACUUCGCGAUUCGGUGCCCGGGAGAGAACGCCAUCGUUGAUUGGACGACGGAGUUCUACGACGUGCUGCAGAAUAAGAUCGGCGGCGGGAAACCCAAGAUGCGAUGGUACUUCAACAAAAAUGGGUGGCCGCAUUCGUCAUUUCUCCCCGCCCCUCCCGCCACGGAUGCUGACAAGGACGUGCUUAUAGACACGCUGCAGGUGCCAGUGCGGCCAGGCGUGUUAGAGCUGAUUGAUGAAGCGAGACAGAGGGGUCUGCUGGUGGCGGUGUGUUCUGCAGCCACUAAGAGCUCAGUUGUCUUUCAAGUCGACUCAAUAUUCUCUCCCCAUUCCCCCACUUCCCCACCUGUCCCGCGCCUUUCUUCCCCCAUUCUCCCCCCCGUCCUCCCCCCUCUCUCCUUCGUCUCAGGGUCUGCUGGUGGCGGUGUGUUUUGCAGCCACCAAGAGCUCAGUCGACGGUCUGCUGGUGGCGGUGUGUUCUGCGGCCACCAAGAGCUCAGUCGUCUUCACUCUCACCAGCCUGCUUGGGAAGGCGACGACGUCCCAAAGAAGAAACCAGAUCCGACCAUCUACAAGAUUGCAGCACAGCGCCUGGGAGUGCCCCCCUCGUCGUGUCUGGUGGUGGAGGACAGUGUGAUUGGCCUGCAGGCCGCUCUCGGGGCCGGCAUGCUGUGUGUUAUCACCUACACGCCUUCCACCAAGAGCCAGGAUUUCACUGGGGCUGUAACGGCGUUUGAUGAUCUAGGUGGAGUUUCUUUGGAUAAGCUCAUUAGUGCAUGCUCUGCUGUUGUGGCCUGA